CUUUAUCCAAAUAGAAAGUGGACCAGGACUGCAACAUUUUGAAAAUGAAGAAUGCUGAAUUUGGUUCUUUUACUGGCUGACACUGUCUCAUGUAUCCAUGGGUGUUCACAGGCGACAGAUCAACGUGAUCUUGGUAUGCAUCCGGAUUCAUAGGUCUUAUGUUGCUCAUUUCUAAUAAUCAGUUAAUUAUGUGCUUGCUUAUAGUACCUGGAAUAGUCCAAUCCGUGAAGACAGAGAAUAUCACCUCCACUUCGUUAUCUCUGAGCUGGGAGAAACCAGAUGGAAAUGCCAGUUCAUAUUUCAUCCACAUUCUCGAAGAUCCAACUUUCAACAAAACUAUUAACAUACCUUCAUAUAUUAUUGAAGGCCUAACACCUGGAAACUAUUACACCUUUAUAGUAUUUGCUCAGGUUGGGGAAAACCAUGUACAAGGAGAUAAUAUUAAUUUCCCAGUACAAACAAGUAAGUAAUUAGUUAUGAUUACUACUAGGGAUGAGCUUUGAGUUUGAG